AAGAGAGAGAGAGAGAGAGGAUUGAUUUAAUGGGGUUUCCAGAAUAUUGAGGUUGGUCAAAGAAAUCACUUCAGUUGCUGCUUAUUAAUAUUUGAUAGAGAAAAACACAGAGGAGAAGUGAGGAAAAAGAAGUGGUCUUCUGGGAUCCAAUAAGAUUUGAUUGUUUGGCGGUGUGAGUUUAGAUUCUUCUUCUCUCUUUUUUCUCAGAUUAAAAAGUUUGUGUCUUGAAGUGUAAUCGAUUUAAAGGCAAGAGCUUUGUUAGUGUUUGAUUGGGGGAGAUAGAUAUGGGUAAGAAGAAACCUCAGAAAACGAAGGAGCUUUCAGUAGCAAUCGCAGAAGCUUCAUCAACUGGAGAGGAAGCCCAGCAGCAACUAUCACAGCCUCUGCCUCAGACCCCAAGAAAGCGAGGAAGACCUCGAAAGAUCAUUGAAGAGAAAUCAUCAGCAAAAAUAGAAGAAGCUGCUGCUGCUGCUGCUGCAGCUCAAGAAGUUGAAGCAAGUCAAUCCAAAAAAGCUAAAGCCAGUGAGAAAGAGGAACAAGAUAAGCUAGAGCAAGAACAAGAACAAGAACAAGAAGAGCAACAGAAGGUGAAAGAAGAAGGGCCAUCAUCGACGAAACCUAAAGAGAGCGAUGUAAUUAGGAGGGAGCCUUCGAGAAGUAGAGCGAGGCGGAAAGGCAAACCCAGAAAGAGUAGUCUCUAAAAUUAGCAACUUGUGUAUGGUAAUCUCUUUCUUGAUCUUUCUUAUUCUAUCUUGCAAUUAUUUCAAUGAAAGAAUGAAAGGAAGAUUACAAACUCACAGAUGCUCGCUCUGUUCGUUCAUCUCUAAUAGCUAAUGCUUAACAUUUCAUUACCCUUUUGUUUUUUUUUCUCUUAAAACAUAUGAAAUGGGCAAAAAGGACUUGGCUUUUACAUUAAUCUUGAGGUAUGUUUAGUUCAUAUCGAGAUUGUAAAUUUGGUUUGGAAUUAGUUCUGAAUUUGAUAUGUAUCCGUGUGUGUCUUUGUCUUUGUAUGGAGAAUUGGAGCAGAAGAACCUUGUGUAUGUUUCUGAGGUACCAUGUUGAACCUGUGGAAAAAAAUUGAAAGGAACUUGAGAGAGGUUGGUGUGUGAGACUGCAGAUGAAAGAUUGCAAUCUGGAGGUGGGGAAUUCCGAAGCUGAUUAUGAGUUGGCUGGCAGAGUCUGCCAUUGGGUGUUCUGAGCAAUUGAAAACGAACGCCCAGAGGGCCAAGUCGGCAAGUCGUUAAACUCGCACGUGAUUACCACGUCCCUAGUCACUAAGUAGCUUAUCAUUUUGAUUAGCAGAACUUGGGUUUUAACUUUUAACCUGUUGUUCACUUAUUAUUGCAUCUCGCAUACCAGAUGCACAUUUGCUCUACAAUAAGUAAAUUGGGUUCUGCUUAAAUAUCUUUUUAGGGUAGGAUGUGACAAAAAUUAGAUGUUUGAUACACAGCAUUAGGUUAUUUAGGUAUACAGUGGAUUUUGUCACGAAUUCGAAACAUGAUAUGGACGUUAAGAAAUGGGUCUUAAGAAAAUGGAAGUGUGAGUAGGGUUUGAGGAGAAAGGA